GGAGCCGGGAGGCGGGGAAGCCGUGGCCAUGUGAGCGUGAGGAGCCGCCGCCACCGCCUCCUCGCCGUCCUCGUCCUCCUGGGCCCCGGCGUCGCGGGCCGCGCACGGCUCUGGAAGAGACGUCGCCUCCCCUUCCUCCUCCUCCUCCUUCCUCUCACCGCGGCGCUCCCGCCUCCUCGUCCUGCGCUGCGGGCUCAGGCGGAACCCGGAACGGCCGUCCGCCUCCCCCGCCCUCCGCCGCCUCCUCUUCGGCUUCCUCCUCAGCCCCGGGCCGGAGCGGAGUGUCGGCGGCGGCCGGUUCGGGCGGCGACUCGCGCUUCUUCGGGCGGCGGCGCUUGGCCAUGUCGUGUCGAGGAAGGUAAUGAGCCGCAGAGCCCCGGGGUCUCGGCUGAGCAGCGGCGGCGGCGGCGGCACCAAGUACCCGCGGAGCUGGAAUGACUGGCAACCCAGAACUGAUAGUGCAUCAGCCGACCCAGAUAAUUUAAAAUAUUCCUCAUCAAGAGAUAGGGGUGGUUCUUCCUCUUAUGGACUGCAACCUUCAAAUUCAGCUGUGGUGUCUCGGCAAAGGCAUGAUGAUACCAGAGUCCAUGCUGACAUACAGAAUGACGAAAAGGGUGGCUACAGUGUCAAUGGAGGAUCUGGGGAAAAUACUUAUGGUCGGAAGUCGUUGGGGCAAGAGCUGAGGGUUAACAAUGUGACCAGCCCUGAGUUCACCAGUGUUCAGCAUGGCAGUCGUGCGUUAGCCACCAAAGACAUGAGGAAAUCACAGGAGCGAUCCAUGUCUUAUUCUGAUGAGUCUCGACUGUCGAACCUUCUUCGGAGGAUCACCCGGGAGGACGACAGAGACCGAAGACUGGCUACUGUAAAGCAGCUGAAAGAAUUUAUUCAGCAACCAGAGAAUAAGCUGGUACUAGUUAAACAAUUGGAUAAUAUCUUGGCUGCUGUACAUGAUGUGCUUAAUGAAAGUAGCAAAUUGCUUCAGGAGUUGAGGCAAGAGGGAGCUUGCUGUCUUGGCCUUCUUUGUGCUUCUCUGAGCUAUGAGGCUGAGAAGAUCUUCAAGUGGAUUUUUAGCAAAUUUGGCUCAUCUGCAAAAGAUGAAGUUAAACUUCUCUACUUGUGUGCCACCUACAAAGCGCUGGAGACUGUGGGAGAGAAGAAAGCAUUUUCAUCCAUAAUGCAGCUUGUAAUGACCAGUCUACAGUCCAUCCUUGAAAAUGUGGAUACACCAGAACUACUUUGCAAGUGCGUUAAGUGCAUUCUUUUGGUGGCUCGAUGUUACCCUCAUAUUUUCAGCACCAACUUUAGGGAUACAGUUGAUAUAUUAGUUGGAUGGCACAUAGAUCAUACUCAGAAACCUUCACUCACACAGCAGGUGUCUGGGUGGCUGCAGAGUCUGGAACCAUUUUGGGUAGCUGAUCUUGCGUUUUCUACUACUCUGCUCGGUCAGUUUCUAGAAGACAUGGAGGCAUAUGCUGAGGACCUCAGCCAUGUGGCCUCUGGGGAGUCAGUGGAUGAAGAUGUUCCUCCUCCAUCAGUGUCAUUACCAAAGCUGGCAGCGCUUCUCCGGGUAUUCAGUACUGUGGUGAGGAGCAUAGGGGAACGCUUCAGCCCAGUUCGGGGUCCUCCAAUUACUGAGGCGUAUGUGACAGAUGUUCUGUACAGAGUAAUGAGAUGUGUGACGGCUGCAAACCAAGUGUUUUUUUCUGAGGCUGUGCUGACAGCUGCUAAUGAGUGUGUUGGUGUUUUGCUCGGCAGCUUGGACCCUAGCAUGACUAUACAUUGUGACAUGGUUAUUACGUAUGGAUUAGACCAGCUGGAGAAUUGCCAGGCUUGUGCUACCGAUUACGUCAUCUCAGUCUUGAAUUUACUCACAUUGAUUGUUGAACAGAUAAAUACCAAACUGCCAUCAUCAUUUGUCGAAAAGUUGUUUGUACCAUCAUCUAAGCUACUAUUCUUGCGUUAUCAUAAAGAAAAAGAGGUUGUUGCUGUAGCCCAUGCUGUUUAUCAAGCAGUGCUCAGCUUGAAGAAUAUUCCUGUUUUGGAGACUGCCUAUAAGUUAAUUUUAGGAGAAAUGACUUGUGCCCUAAAUAACUUGCUACACAGUCUACAACUUCCUGAUGCCUGUUCCGAAAUAAAACAUGAGGCUUUUAAGAAUCAUGUAUUCAAUGUAGACAAUGCAAAGUUUGUAGUUAUAUUUGACCUCAGUGCCCUGACAACAGUUGGAAAUGCCAAAAACUCACUAAUUGGGAUGUGGGCACUGUCUCCAACAGUCUUUGCACUUCUGAGCAAGAAUCUGAUGAUCGUGCAUGGUGACCUGGCUGUUCACUUCCCGGCUAUUCAGUAUGCAGUGCUUUAUACCUUAUAUUCUCAUUGUACCAGGCAUGAUCACUUUAUAUCUAGCAGUCUCAGUUCUUCAUCCCCUUCCUUGUUUGACGGUGCUGUGAUUAGUACUGUAACUACAGCUACAAAGAAACAUUUCUCCAUUAUAUUAAAUCUUCUAGGAAUACUGCUGAAGAAAGAUAACCUUAACCAGGACACGAGGAAACUGUUAAUGACAUGGGCUUUGGAAGUGGCCAUUUUAAUGAAGAAGUCUGAGACAUACGCACCUUUGUUCUCUCUUCCAUCUUUUCAUAAAUUUUCCAAAGGCCUUUUAGCCAAUACUCUUGUGGAAGAUGUGAAUAUCUGUCUGCAAGCGUGCAGCAGUCUCCACGCUCUGUCCUCGUCUCUGCCAGAUGAUCUGUUACAGAGGUGUGUUGAUGUUUGUCGUGUUCAGCUAGUCCAUAGUGGAACUCGCAUUCGACAAGCCUUUGGAAAGCUGUUGAAGUCAAUUCCUUUAGAUGUUGUCCUGAGCAAUAAUAAUCACACAGAAAUUCAAGAAAUUUCUUUAGCUUUAAGAAGCCACAUGAGCAAAGCACCAAGUAACACAUUCCAUCCACAGGAUUUCUCUGAUGUCAUCAGUUUCAUUUUGUACGGAAACUCCCAUAGAACAGGGAAGGACAAUUGGUUAGAAAGAUUGUUCUAUAGCUGCCAGAGACUGGAUAAACGUGACCAAUCAACAAUUCCCCGCAAUCUUCUAAAGACAGAUGCCGUUCUUUGGCAGUGGGCUAUAUGGGAAGCAGCACAGUUCACUGUCCUUUCUAAGUUGAGAACACCACUGGGCAGAGCUCAAGAUACUUUCCAGACAAUUGAAGGUAUCAUUAGAAGUCUCGCAGCUCACACGUUAAACCCUGAUCAAGAUGUUAGUCAGUGGACAACAGCAGACAAUGAUGAGGGCCAUGGUAGCAACCAACUUAGACUUGUUCUCCUUCUGCAGUAUCUGGAAAAUCUGGAGAAAUUAAUGUACAAUGCAUAUGAGGGCUGUGCUAAUGCAUUAACAUCGCCUCCCAAGGUCAUUAGAACUUUUUUCUAUACCAAUCGCCAAACUUGUCAAGACUGGUUAACUCGCAUCCGCCUCUCCAUCAUGAGGGUCGGCCUAUUGGCGGGCCAGCCAGCCGUUACUGUAAGACACGGCUUUGACCUGCUCACAGAGAUGAAGGCCAGUGCUCCUCAGGGGACUGAAUUGGAAGUGACAAUCAUGAUGGUGGUGGAAGCUCUGUGUGAACUUCAUUGUCCUGAAGCUAUCCAGGGGAUUGCUGUCUGGUCAUCUUCUGUUGUUGGUAAAAACCUCCUCUGGAUUAACCCAGUGGCUCAGCAGGCUGAAGGGAGGUUUGAAAAGGCCUCUGUGGAGUACCAGGAGCACCUGUGUGCCAUGACAGGUGUAGAUUGCUGCAUUUCCAGCUUUGACAAGUCUGUUCUCACUUUGGCCAAUGCGGGACGCAACAGUGCCAGCCCCAAACAUUCUCUGAACGGUGAAUCCAGAAAAACUUUGCUGUCCAAACCGAUGGACUCUUCCCCCGAGGUCAUAAACUACUUAGGAAAUAAAGCAUGUGAGUGCUAUGUUUCCAUUGCUGACUGGGCUGCUGUCCAGGAGUGGCAGAACGCUGUGCAUGAGCUGAAGAAGGGCACCAGCAGCACAUCCCUCAACCUGAAAGCUGACUUCAACUACAUAAAGUCACUAAGCAGUUUUGAGUCUGGAGAAUUUGUCGAAUGCACUGAGCAACUGGAACUGUUACCAGGAGAAAAUAUUAAUCUACUUGCUGCAGGAUCAAAAGAAAAAAUAGACAUGAAAAAACUACUUCCUAACAUGUUAAGUCCAGAUCCCAGGGAACUUCAGAAAUCCAUCGAAGUUCAGUUGUUGAGAAGUUCUGUUUGUUUGGCAACUGCUUUAAACCAUGCAGAACAGGAUCAGAAGUGGCAGUCUAUAACUGAAAACGUUGUAAAAUACUUGAAGCAGACUUCCCGCAUAGCAAUUGGGCCACUGAGACUGUCCACGUUAACGGUUUCCCAGUCCUUGCCAGUUUUGAGUACCUUACAGCUGUAUUGCUCAUCUGCUUUGGAGAACACAGUUUCUAACAGGCUUUCAACAGAGGACUGCCUCAUUCCACUGUUCAGUGAGGCUUUGCGUUCAUGUAAACAGCAUGACGUGAGGCCAUGGAUGCAGGCACUUAGAUACACCAUGUACCAGAAUCAGUUGUUGGAGAAAAUUAAAGAACAAACAGUCCCAAUUAGAAGCCACCUCAUGGAAUUAGGCCUGACGGCAGCAAAAUUUGCUAGAAAACGGGGGAAUGUGUCACUUGCAACAAGACUGCUGGCACAGUGUAGUAAGGUUCAGCUGGGAAAGACGACCACUGCCCAGGAUUUAGUCCAUCAUUUUAAAAAACUGUCAACUCAAGGCCAAGUGGAUGAAAAAUGGGGGCCUGAACUUGAUAUUGAAAAAACCAAGUUGUUAUAUACAGCAGGCCAGUCAACUUAUGCAAUGGAAAUGUUGAGUUCUUGUGCCCUGUCCUUCUGCAAGUCUUCAAAAGCUGAAUAUGCAGUUGCUAAGUCAAUUCUGACAUUGGCUAAGUGGAUCCAGGCAGAAUGGAAAGAGAUUUCAGGACAGCUGAAACAAGUUUACAGAGCCCAACAACAAAAGAACUUCUCAGGCCUUUCUACUUUGUCUAAAAACAUACUCACUUUAAUAGAACUGCCGUCUGUUAACACAAUGGAGGAAGAGUACCCUCGGAUUGAGAGUGAGUCUACAGUACAUAUUGGAGUUGGAGAACCUGACUUCAUUUUGGGACAGUUGUAUCACCUGUCUUCAGUGCAGGCACCUGACGUAGCCAAAUCUUGGGCAGCAUUGGCUAGUUGGGCUUAUAGGUGGGGUAGAAAAGUGGUUGACAAUGCCAGUCAGGGAGAAGGUGUUCGUCUGCUGCCUAGAGAAAAGUCUGAAGUUCAAAAUCUGCUUCCAGACACUAUCACUGAAGAAGAAAAAGAGAGAAUAUAUGGUAUUCUUGGACAGGCUGUAUGUCGGCCAGCAGGAAUCCAGGACGAGGAUAUAACACUACAGAUAACAGAAAAUGAAGAUAACGAGGAAGAUGACAUGGUUGAUGUUAUCUGGCGCCAGUUAAUAUCAAGCUGCCCGUGGCUUUCUGAGCUUGAUGAGAGUGUGACUGAAGGUGUUAUUGAAGUGUGGAGGAGAGUCGUGGACAGGAUCUUCAGCCUGUACAAACUGUCCUGCAGCGCGUAUUUCACUUUCCUUAAGCUCAACGCUGGCCAGAUUCCUUUAGAUGAGGAUGACCCUAGGCUACAUUUGAGUCACAGAACAGAACAGAGCACUGAUGAUGUGAUUGUGAUGGCCACCUUACGCUUGCUCAGAUUGCUCGUGAAGCAUGCUGGGGAGCUCCGGCAGUAUCUGGAACACGGCUUGGAGACAACACCCACUGCUCCCUGGAGAGGAAUUAUUCCACAGCUUUUCUCACGCUUAAACCACCCUGAAGUGUAUGUGCGCCAAAGUAUUUGUAACCUCCUCUGCCGAGUGGCUCAAGAUUCCCCACAUCUCAUACUGUAUCCUGCAAUAGUGGGAACCAUAUCACUUAGUAGUGAAUCCCAGGCUUCGGGUAAUAAAUUUUCCUCUGCAAUUCCAACUUUACUUGGAAAUAUUCAAGGAGAAGAAUUAUUGGUUUCUGAAUGUGAGGGAGGAAGUCCUCCUGCAUCUCAGGAUAGCAAUAAGGAUGAACUCAAGAGUGGAUUAAACGAAGACCAAGCCAUGAUGCAGGAUUGCUACAGCAAAAUUGUAGAUAAAUUGUCCUCUGCAAACCCAACUAUGGUGUUACAGGUCCAGAUGCUGGUGGCAGAGCUGCGCAGAGUCACUGUGCUCUGGGAUGAGCUGUGGCUGGGAGUUCUGUUACAGCAGCACAUGUACGUCCUAAGACGAAUCCAGCAGCUUGAAGAUGAGGUGAAGAGAGUCCAGAACAAUAAUACCUUACGCAAAGAAGAGAAAAUCGCCAUAAUGAGGGAAAAGCACACUGCCUUGAUGAAGCCCAUUGUGUUUGCUCUGGAGCACGUGAGGAGCAUCACAGCAGCUCCUGCGGAGACGCCUCACGAAAAGUGGUUCCAGGAGAGCUAUGGCGAUGCCAUUGAAAAUGCCCUUGAAAAGCUCAAGACCCCCUCUAACCCUGCAAAGCCCGGAAGCAGCUGGAUUCCAUUUAAAGAGAUAAUGCUGAGUUUGCAACAGAGAGCACAGAAACGUGCAAGUUACAUACUGCGUCUUGAAGAAAUCAGUCCGUGGUUGGCUGCCAUGACUAACACAGAAAUUGCUCUUCCUGGGGAAGUCUCAGCCAGAGACACUGUCACGAUCCACAGUGUGGGCGGAACUAUCACAAUCUUACCGACUAAAACCAAACCUAAGAAACUUCUCUUUCUAGGAUCAGAUGGGAAGAACUACCCAUACCUUUUCAAAGGACUGGAGGAUUUACAUCUGGAUGAGAGAAUAAUGCAGUUCUUAUCUAUUGUAAAUACCAUGUUUGCUACAAUAAAUCGCCAAGAAACACCCCGCUUCCACGCGCGACACUAUUCUGUAACACCGCUAGGAACAAGAUCGGGACUGAUCCAGUGGGUGGAUGGAGCGACACCCUUAUUUGGUCUUUAUAAGCGAUGGCAGCAGCGGGAAGCUGCCUUACAGGCACAAAAGGCCCAAGAUUCCUACCAAACUCCUCAGAAUCCUGGCAUUGUACCCCGUCCUAGUGAACUUUACUAUAGUAAAAUUGGCCCUGCUUUGAAAACAGUUGGCCUUAGCCUGGAUGUGUCACGUCGGGAUUGGCCCCUACAUGUGAUGAAGGCGGUGUUAGAGGAGUUAAUGGAGGCCACACCCCCAAAUCUCUUGGCAAAAGAGCUCUGGUCAUCCUGCACCACCCCUGAUGAGUGGUGGAGAGUCACGCAGUCCUAUGCAAGAUCUACUGCCGUCAUGUCUAUGGUUGGCUACAUUAUUGGCCUUGGAGAUAGACACCUGGACAAUGUCCUCAUCGAUAUGACGACUGGAGAAGUGGUUCACAUAGAUUACAAUGUGUGCUUUGAAAAAGGUAAAAGCCUUAGAGUGCCUGAAAAAGUACCUUUUCGAAUGACCCAGAACAUUGAAACAGCACUUGGUGUGACUGGAGUAGAAGGUGUUUUUAGGCUUUCCUGUGAGCAGGUUCUACAUAUUAUGCGGCGUGGCCGGGAGACUCUACUGACACUCCUGGAGGCCUUUGUGUACGACCCCCUGGUGGACUGGACGGCUGGGGGUGAAGCUGGGUUUGCUGGUGCUGUCUAUGGCGGAGGUGGCCAGCAGGCGGAGAGCAAGCAGAGCAAGCGAGAGAUGGAGCGAGAGAUCACCCGCAGCCUUUUUUCUUCCCGAGUAGCUGAAAUUAAGGUGAACUGGUUUAAGAACAGGGAUGAGAUGCUGGUUGUGCUUCCCAAGUUGGACAGCAGCUUAGAUGAAUACCUAAGCCUACAAGAGCAACUGACAGAUGUGGAAAAGUUGCAGGGCAAGCUGUUGGAGGAAAUAGAGUUUCUAGAAGGAGCUGAAGGCGUGGAUCACCCCUCUCAUACGCUGCAGCACAGGUAUUCUGAACACACUCAACUACAGACUCAGCAAAGAGCUGUUCAAGAAGCAAUCCAGGUGAAGCUGAACGAAUUUGAGCAGUGGAUAACACAUUAUCAAGCUGCAUUCAAUAAUUUAGAAGCAACACAGCUGGCAAGUUUGCUUCAGGAGAUAAGCACACAAAUGGACCUUGGUCCCCCAAGCUAUGUUCCUGCGACAGCCUUUCUGCAGAAUGCUGGCCAAGCCCACUUGAUCAGCCAGUGUGAACAGCUGGAGGGCGAGGUUAGCGCUCUCCUGCAGCAGAGACGUUCGGUGCUCCGUGGCUGUCUGGAACAGCUCCAUCACUAUGCAACCGUUGCUCUGCAGUAUCCAAAAGCCAUAUUUCAGAAACACCGGAUUGAACAGUGGAAGACCUGGAUGGAAGAGCUCAUCUGUAACACCACGGUGGAACGCUGUCAAGAGCUCUACAGGAAAUAUGAAAUUCAAUAUGCUCCCCAGCCUCCCCCAACUGUGUGUCAGUUCAUCACAGCCACUGAGAUGACCCUGCAGCGCUAUGCAGCAGACAUCAACAGCAGGCUCAUUAGACAGGUGGAGCGCCUGAAGCAAGAAGCUGUCACUGUGCCGGUUUGUGAAGAUCAGUUGAAAGAAAUUGAACGUUGCAUUAAGGUUUUCCUUCAUGAGAAUGGAGAAGAAGGGUCUUUGAGUCUAGCAAGUGUCAUUAUUUCUGCCCUUUGUACCCUUACAAGACGCAACUUGAUGAUGGAGGGUGCAGCCUCCAGUGCUGGGGAGCAGCUGGUGGACCUGACGUCUCGGGAUGGAGCCUGGUUCUUGGAGGAGUUGUGCAGUAUGAGUGGGAAUGUCACCUGCUUGGUGCAGUUACUGGAGCAAUGCCACCUGGGGCCACAGGACUUGGACACCCCAAACCCCAUGGAAGCAUCUGAGGCAGUUCACUUAGCCAAUGGAGUAUAUACCUCACUGCAAGAAUUGAAUUCAAAUUUCCGGCAAAUCAUAUUUCCAGAAGCACUUAGAUGCUUAAUGAAAGGAGAAUACACCUUAGAAAAUAUGCUCCAUGAGCUGGACAGCCUCAUUGAGCAGACAGCUGAUGGCGCCCCUUUGCAGACUCUGGUUGACUCUCUUCAAGCCUAUUUAAGAAAUGCAGCUAUGGGGCUUGAAGAAGAAACACAUGCUCAUUACAUCGAUGUUGCCAGAAUACUGCAUGCUCAGUAUGGUGAAUUAAUCCAACCAAGAAAUGGUUCAGUUGAUGAAACACCAAAAAUGUCAGCUGGCCAGAUGCUUUUAGUAGCAUUUGAUGGCAUGUUUGCCCAAGUUGAAACUGCUUUUGGCUUACUGGUUGAAAAGUUAAACAAGAUGGAAAUUCCUGUAGCUUGGCGGAAGAUCGACAUCAUACGGGAAGCCAGAAGUACCCAAGUUAAUUUUUUUGACGAUGACAAUCACCGUCAAGUGCUAGAAGAGAUUUUCUUUCUCAAAAGACUGCAGACAAUUAAGGAGUUCUUCAGACUCUGUGGUACUUUUUCCAAAACAUUGUCAGGAUCAAGUUCACUUGAAGAUCAGAAUACUGUAAAUGGACCUGUGCAGAUCGUCAAUGUGAAAACCCUUUUCAGAAACUCUUGUUUCAGUGAAGACCAAAUGGCCAAGCCCAUCAAGGCGUUCACAGCUGACUUCGUGAGGCAGCUCUUGAUAGGACUCCCGAACCAGGCCUUGGGUCUCACACUUUGCAGCUUUAUCAGUGCCCUGGGGGUGGACAUCAUUGCCCAGGUGGAGGCCAAGGACUUUGGCGCUGAAAGCAAAGUCUCUGUAGAUGACCUGUGUAAGAAAGCAGUGGAGCACAACAUCCAGGUGGGGAGGUUCUCUCAGUUGGUGAUGAACAGGGCAACUGUGUUAGCCAGCUCCUAUGACACUGCAUGGAAAAAGCAUGACCUGGUGCGCAGGCUGGAAACCAGCAUUUCUUCCUGUAAGACAAGCCUGCAGCGGGUUCAGCUCCACAUCGCCAUGUUCCAGUGGCAACAUGAAGAUCUGCUUAUAAACAGACCUCAAGCCAUGUCAGUCACACCACCCCCUCGGUCUGCAAUCCUGACCAGCAUGAAGAAGAAGCUGCACACUCUGAGUCAGAUCGAAACCUCCAUUGCCACUGCCCAGGAGAAGCUAGCAGCACUCGAAGCAAGUAUUGAGCAGCGGCUCAAGUGGGCAGGUGGUGCUAACCCUGCAUUGGCACCUGUGCUACAAGAUUUUGAAGCAACAAUAGCUGAAAGAAGGAAUCUUGUCCUCAAAGAGAGCCAAAGAGCAAGUCAGGUCACUUUCCUGUGUAGCAAUAUCAUUCACUUUGAAAGUCUGCGAACAAGAACUGCAGAAGCCUUAAACCUGGAUGCUGCGUUAUUUGAACUAAUCAAACGGUGUCAGCAAAUGUGUUCAUUUGCCUCACAGUUUAAUAGUUCAGUGUCUGAGUUAGAGCUUCGUUUGUUACAGAGAGUGGACACAACCCUUGAACAUCCUAUUGGCAGCUCUGAGUGGCUUCUGUCAGCACACAGACAACUGACUCAGGACAUGUCUACUCAGAGGGCAAUUCAGACAGAGAAGGAGCAACAGAUAGAAACUGUCUGUGAAACCAUCCAAAGUCUGGUUGAUAAUAUAAAGACUGUGCUCACUGGUCAUAACCGACAGCUGGGAGAUGUCAAACAUCUACUGAAAGCAAUGGCUAAGGAUGAAGAAGCUGCUCUGGCAGACGGUGAAGAUGUUCCUUAUGAGAACAGUGUGCGGCAAUUCCUGGGUGAAUAUAAAUCCUGGCAAGACAAUAUCCAGACAGUUCUGUUUACACUCGUCCAGGCUAUGGGUCAGGUUCGAAGUCAGGAACAUGUUGAGAUGCUCCAGGAAAUCACGCCUACCUUAAAGGAGCUGAAAACACAAAGUCAGAGUAUCUAUAAUAAUUUAGUGAGUUUUGCAUCACCCUUAGUCACCGAUGCAACAAAUGAGUGCUCAAGUCCAACGUCAUCUGCUACUUACCAGCCAUCCUUUGCUGCAGUCCGGAGCAACACUGGCCAGAAGACUCAGCCUGAGGUCAUGUCACAAAAUGCUAAAAAGCUCAUUCAGAAAAACCUUGCUACAUCAGCAGACACUCCACCAAGCACUGUCCCAGGAACUGGCAAGAGUGUUGCCUGUAGUCCAAAGAAGGCCGUCAGAGACCCUAAAACUGGGAAAGCCGUGCAAGAGAGAAACUCCUAUGCAGUCAGUGUGUGGAAGAGAGUGAAAGCCAAGCUAGAGGGCCGGGAUGUUGAUCCCAACAGGAGGAUGUCAGUUGCUGAGCAGGUUGACUAUGUCAUUAAGGAAGCAACUAAUCUAGAUAACUUGGCUCAGCUGUAUGAAGGUUGGACAGCCUGGGUGUGAAUGGCAAGACAGUAGAUGAGUCUGGUUAAGCGAGGUCAGACAUCCACCAGAAUCAACUCAGCCUCAGGCAUCCAAAGCCACACCACAGUCGGUGGUGAUGCGACUGGGGGCUUACUCUGAGGAAACCUAGGAAAUCUCGGUGCACUAGGAAGUGAAUCCUGCAGGACAGCUGCACUCAGGGAAUACGCCCAACACCAUGGCCUGCAACCCCAGGGUCAAGGGUGAAGAAAAAGAAAGCGAGCUCACCGCCUGCACACGGAGAUUGUCUUUCUGCCACAGAGCAGCUGCAAACGUGUCAGGAGGUUAGCUGAGAAAGAAAGACAUCAGGAUGCCGCGGAGCACAGAGUGAUUUGGAACUCCAUUCCACCUGACCCUGUGUGUGCAAUCCAGGAAAACAAACCCCGCUCGGAAACAGAAAACUGGGGCCGCGAAGAAAUCACAACCAAGGAAGAUUUGAUGCAUUCAGAUUCUUGAGAAACACUUGUUGCUUGGCAACAGUACUGGUUGGGUUGACCAGUGAGUAAAAAAAGGCUAUGCGAUAUGAAUUUCAGAAAUGGACUGAAAAUAGAGAGUUAUGUGGCAGAUACACUACAUUGGAAGAACUGACUUCUGAAAUGAAGGGAAAAACCACCCAUUCAUCCCCAUCCCACCACCUCUUACCUCUUACCUGUUCCCGUUUACCUAAUCUAGUAGACUAGCCACCUUCCAGAUUCACUUUUAUUUCAAUCCUUAUAUUUCAUACACUUCCAUCUUGAUGCUGUUAGCUUACAUUUGGAGACACAAAUUUCUCCCAAACCACUGAUAAUAAGGAAAAUUCAAGGAUUGUUUAAAGGUCUGAUGUAAUUCUGGUUAUUUAAGUCAUUUCUGUGAUUCUAUCAUGUGCAGUUUCCAGAAUUGUCACUGUGCAUUCAAAAGUAAUGAAUCUAACAGACAUUUGAUUUAAUGUACACUCCCCUUUGCUUAUGGUGUACAUUUUUUGGAGGUCAUUAAACUUUUCCCUCUUCUGUGAUUGCUGUAGUUUCUUUCAUAGAAAGUAGCUAAUCUGAUGUAAUCUUUUACCUUUUACAAAACCAGGAUAGAGGACUUAUCAGAAUUUUACAUUGUUGAUGGCAGCUUAAUAAUAAAGUGAUGUUCUGGUGGAGGUAGAGUGAGAUGUUUUUAAUUCAGUUUUCUCAUUUGGUACUUUUAAUUUACAAAGUGUAAACUCUUUACACGUUAAAGUGUAAAUUAAAAGUGCUUUAGUUUACCUGGCAUUUUAGGACAUGUACAUAAAACACCAGCAAAAGUGGGAAUCACUACCGUCCUUUUAAGUUCAGUUAUUAGUCUGUGAGGUACUUUCCUUUUUGCAUUAUUUUAAUAGCUUGCUGUUCAGUGAUAGAAUGUAGACAAUUCAUGGUCAAGGUUUCCUUAAUUUUAGCAUCUCAUCUCAGUACUGACUGUGUGAGCUAAAUUGUUAAAAACUCAAGACUAGAAUAGGAUUAUUAGUAUUAGGUAUCAACAAAAAAUAGAACACAAUGGAAAUCUUAAUUAUGUGCACACCUUUUCCUCGAAUUGUAGAGAUUAGGACAGUGCUUUUUCUACUUGCCAAUCUUCACAAAUUUAGGUACUAAGGAAAAAUCCCGGAUAGCGCUGGGCCUUUUCUGAAUUCUGGUUGCCACAUUAAUCUCCAUCUUCACCCAUGAGGGAAUGAGUUUCAGUAUCAGUGCUUUAAGACUUUAACAAGUAUUGCAAGAAAGGUAGUAUUUUGGGAUCCCCCUUUGUCCAAUGGCAAGUUAAGGAACCUAAUGCAUCAAAUGUUAUUUUCUUCAUUGAUUUUGAACCUUAUUUUCACAAUCAAAACAACCUAGCUGGAAUAAUGAUGCCAUAUUGUAUUUUGCACACUGCUUUAUUUCCUGGAGGCUUUGGAGGCUAGUGCACAGUGCAUCACUUAGUUACCUCUGCUCUCUCAAGGUCAGUCUUCAACAUUCUUUGUCACCAGGAGAAACUUUAUUACAGUGAUCAAACCAGUUCAUACUUUUUUGUCUUUAUAGGUAACACUCAGAAAUUGCUUCUACUUUGGACAAGAAGAUAAAUAGGUGAAUUUUACUGCCUGUGAGUUUCAGGCAGCAGAGGUACCUGGCACUGAAAAGCAAAAACAAGACAGCUUUAUUUCAAAAAAAACAUGUGCCUCUGGUAAAUUAUCCAUCACUUUUCUUUUAAAAUGGUCCCUCAGAGAAUAGUAUGGCAUAUACAAUGUGUGCUUCGUUGUAGGGCAGAUGUAAAUAGCUGAGGACUUCAAAGCCUGCUCUUUACUGCACUCUGGAUAAGACCCUAGUCUGUGGUUUGGCUUCCUCUGCAAUGUCACUCUGCAAGUAGCCCUGCCAGUUUGAAUUUAGAGGCCUCAUCAGUUAGAUUGAAAAGACCAGGGCUGUGUUUUGGGGAUUAUCAUGUAAAAAUGUGAAGUUAGAGUGCUGCAGUUUGAAGUCUAUACACUUUUUGAUGACAAAAUACCUGUGGAAAACCAGGGUAUGUCUUCUCUCUCUCUCUCUUCCUUUCUCCUCCUCCCUCUCUCCCUCCCUCCCUCCCUUUUCCUCAUCCUCCCCCUUUCUCCUCCCAUUCCCUCCCCUCCUCUUUUCUAAGAUUCAGGGGGUACAGAAUAACCUACAACCUCUAUUCAAAGUACCCUUGGAAAUUAAAGUUUAUCUUAAAUGUUUUGUUGUCUUUAAUUAGCUAGAAUUGCCUGAUUUUUAGUGGCUUUCUCUAGAUAGCUCUGGAGGCUUAGUAGUUUAUGGGCUGUUUCUCUUUUCCUGUUUCUUUGGUGUGUUUUGUGAUUUUUUUUUUUCUGUUUCUGGUCAUGGUUGGUAAGUAGGAUUUUUUUGUGUUUGAGUUGUUUUUUGAGAUACACGAGAUUCUGUGUGAGAACUGCUAAUCAGGCUCUUGAUCUGCUUCCCUGAAUUUCUUUUGGAGCUCAGACUCCAGGUGAGGGUGAGAGCUUACAGUACAAAGAAAAAUUUGCAUCACUUCUGCCCUCAACACUUGCCUCUGUUCCCUAAGCUUAGCAAGUAGUUUUGUUACUAUUGUCCAGUGUUUGGUGUGAUUGGCAUUGUUUUUUGUUCUGUUUUUAACUGUGGUUGUUCUGAUGUGUGAAACUUAGGAAAGAGCCAUUUAAAAAAUGCCGAGCAGGGCAAUGCAAGUACAGCCAAAUACUAGAGUUGAUGUGCAAUCUUAGGUUCUUUUUAAUCUGAGGUAUUAUAGGCAGUACUUUAAAUCAAAAAGUCUUCCUGGCCUAUUUUCCUCCACUUUUUUGUAAUUACUCUUGGGGGCUUACUUGUUUGGCAGUACAAGGAGCUGGUUCUUCUUUUCUCCCAAUUCUUUUCGUAUUAAUCAAAGCGCCUACAACUAGCCUCUUCUAUUCAUACACAACAAAUAUCAGUGAAUGUGUUACUCUUAGCACAUUGAAGCAUCUUUUUCGUAGGUUUAGAUGAGCAUGAAGACCAAUGUCCCAUUUUAUAUCUUGUUGACCUUACAAAAUGCCAGUAAUUUAGAAUUAGGAUCUCCCAUCCCCCCCCCCUUAAAUCAGGGAGGUUGAACUAUUAAUGCCAGGGUCACUUAAAGGAGGUAGAUUCUGUUUUCAGUUUUUUGGGUAGUAGUAGUAGGAUUCCUCCUGUGGGGAGGUUAAUACUGACAAAAGUUUUUCAAAUGUCGAGGAGGGGUAUCUCCCUGUAUUCAAAACCCUGAGGGUUUUCUGCACUUCUCCUGUUUUUUGGCCUGGAUAAUAUCACUAUCUUUAUUUACAAAGGGGCAAACUGAGAGAAGCUUUUGGGUUCGAAGGUUAAGUUGUAAAGCAACCACUUAUGGUCCCUUCCUUUCUAUGGGAAUUUGGCAGGGCUUACUAGAAAAAAUUGUUGUGCUAUGUAAACACUGUCACAAUUAGCUGAAUUUUUGAAGAUGGUAAACUUUAAAAAUUGCAUGUUCUGAAAUGUAGACUUUUAGAAUGUUUUUCUUUCAAAAAAGGCUGGUUAUAUAUUUUUUUCUUUUCCUGACAGUUGAAGUUGCAGCUCUUGUUUCAAGUUACUGUGUCACUUACUUUUCUGAUUUAAGUUUCCCUUGUAUUUCCACCUGUAAUGUCAGUGGCUGUGACAUCACACUUCAUCUGUUUAAGUUUUUACCCUUAGAAGAGCAAGUUGAGUUGAACUGACUCUUCCUGUCCUACUAACUAACAUUGUAGAAAUAGUGGCUUUGUACAAAAGUUGUCAUGCCUCCUGAUGAAUAUAAUUUUGUGAUUGUAUUUAAGAUUAAAAAUUGAAUAAAUCCCACCAGCUUCCUGAAAAUGUUCAUAAUGCAGCUUUUGGAAAACAAAAACAUGCCUACUUUGCAUAAACAUGAUAAAGAUUGUACAAAAUAUCUGUUUUUCAAAAAAUAAAGGUUCAGUCUUAAAAGAUGUAGCAUUUAAGCUCUGAAUUUAUUGAUCAAAGUAGAUUCCAGGGAAC